GAAUGAAUGAUGUGCAAACAGAGUUGAUCGUGCUCCUCGUCUUUCUAUAUUUUCUUACACUGAGUUCGGUGCAAUUGGGUUUUUCACAAGUACCUGCUGCUGUAUGGCGACUCUGCCAACAAUUGUUUACAACUUUCAACACCAUUGUACUUGUUUCAAUGUCACAGGUAAAAAUUGAAAGGUGUUAAUUUGACGACAAAGCAUUGAAUACACUUGAUAAAUGUGUCUUCUUCUCACAUAUUUUUUUUAAAUCAAAAGUCGGGAUGCGUAAAUCCUCAAAUUAAAAAAUACAUUUGCUUGAUGAAACCGGAAGCUCGAGCAUGAAAACAAGCAUGGCCGGCAGCAUUUGAGCGUCGCACCAGGCUGUCACUUUGCAAUGGCAGCCUGCCCCAACGGCGGUGAUGCGAAUGAGGACGUCUGCGAUCCUGGUGCGGCUCCUUAUGGAAACUUUAUCAAUUAUUACUCUUUUAACCCACCAGAGAACCGAUUAAGUCUGAUUCCCCGCACGCUUCUCCGGGAUUUAGGUUACAACGACAGCCGUCAAACAACACUGCUGCUGGACGUGGGCUGCAAUUCGGGGGAACUAAGUGCAGCUCUCUACAAACAUCUGGUGGAGACACCAAGCAGAACCAACGUUCACCUCCUGGGCGUGGACCUGGACGAGACCCUCAUUCUGCGAGCCAGAGAGAACAACACUCUCCAGGACGGCAUCACCUUUGCCCCGCUGGACAUCACUGGUGACUGUGUUCCGCUCCGGGAGCACCUGGCCCGACACGGGUGCUCUGUCUUCCACCUGACCCUGUGUCUGGCCGUCACCAUGUGGGUCCACCUGAAUCACGGCGACGCCGGCCUGCUGCAGCUCCUCUCCCGCCUGGCCACGUUCAGCCGGCACCUGCUCCUGGAGGCCCAGCCGUGGAAGUGCUACCGUUCGGCGGCCCGCAGGCUUAGGAAGCUCGGGCGCUCGGAUUUUGACCACUUUAAGAACUUGAACGUGCGAGGGGACAUGAGCCAACACGCCAGGGAGCACCUGGAAAAACACUGCGACAUGGAGAUGGUACGCAGUUUCGGCAGCACCACGUGGGACAGGAAGUUGUUGCUCUUUAAGCGGAAGUGACUGACAGUGGAAGUGCCAGUCUCCUUCAGUACCACCCAAAAGAACUCAAAUGUGUUUUCAAAUAAGAAACAUAGUAUUCGACAGUAUUUUACUUCAUACAAUAAAAGCAUUAACAUAAU